ACUAAAAAUUGUCCACGAAAAUCGUCCAAAAUCUGCAAAUCUGGGGAGAACGGAUCGAUAUUGGAUCUCGCCCGGGCCAUCGGGAAUGGCGGCGUUUCCGGUCACCAGCUGGGAAUGCCCUGGACAUAGCCUGGGAAUAUCCUGGCAGAACUCCCGCAUUCCGGAUCGUCGAGUCGGAGUUAUGAAAUACCGAAGUGGAAACGCUCGAGCUGCCACGAGAGGAGCACCAAGAUCAGCUAGUGCAGGCACUAAUAAUCUGCCGCCGCUGACGUUCCAUCAGGUUCAUGGUGAGAAUGUCAGACUCUGCAAUGGCGGGACCAUCGCCAGAAGAUACGAAAGCUUCUGCAGGGGCAUCACAUUCAGCGCACGACCUGUGCAGAUCGGAGAAAAGGUCUGUGUGAAAUUCCUCGAGAUCUCCGACAACUGGAGCGGCGUGAUCCGAUUCGGUUUCACCAGCAACGAUCCGAUCAACCUACAAAAUGGCCUUCCAAGGUACGCCUGUCCAGACUUGACGAACAAACCCGGUUACUGGGCAAAGGCCAUGGCCGAGAGGCUCGCCAUAAGAGGCGCGGUGCUCUUCUUCUACGUCACGUCCGCUGGAGACGUGCAUUUCGGGGUGAAUGGCGAGGAAAAGGGCGUGUUCUUCGGCGGUGUGGAGACACGAAGCCCACUGUGGGCUAUCAUCGACGUGUACGGCAACAGCACCGCGAUCGAGUUCGUCGAUCCCAACAGGCAGCACUUCAACAACAUCAGGAGAGGCGCUGAGCAUAGCAACGAGGACAACGCGCAGCACAGCAGGCACUCGGCCAUGGACGACGCCAGCAACGCAAGCAGGGACGUCGAGAGGAUCAUCGUUCCUACCAUGCAGGGCAUGUCGAUCCAUCAUGAGCCCGAUGUCGAGCUGCCUGGACUCAGGUUUCAGCCUGCCGGUGUCAUCUUCACGCCGUUACCCUUCCACUCGACCAGAGGUAGGAACAUCCGUUUCAGUAACCAGCAGUGCGUGGCGACACGGUCCGACACGGAAUUCUGUCACGGCUAUGCAUUUACAAGCCAACCACUACUAUUAGGAGAACGAUUGGUAGUGCAGAUCUUAGCCACAGAGCCGAUGUACGUUGGUGCUCUCGCUCUAGGUCUGACUUCCUGUGAUCCAGCUCGUCUUACUGCCGAAGACCUACCCGAUGACAGCGAUCUCUUAUUGGAUCGUCCAGAAUACUGGGUAGUCUCCAAGGAUGUGGCAUCGAGUCCUCAACCUGGUGACGAAAUAGCCUUUACAGUCACACACUUUGGAGAAGUUCAAAUGAGCAAAAAUGGUGGGCCACCUAACGUGGUGAUGCACGUGGACCAAAGUCUCCAGUUAUGGGCGUUCUUCGAUGUCUAUGGUAGUACACAACGAAUCAGGGUACUGGCUGAAAAGCCUACGUCGCCACCGCGACAAGGUCAAAGCAACCCUAUACCGACAACGGUGUUGCAACAACAGCAGCAACAGCAACAGCAACAACACUGCAAUCACAGUAAUGCUGCCACAGAACUAUCCAGAUUUUCGGAGAUGGUUCAAUUCAAACCAGCCAUAGGCGGAGGUACCGUGCUAGUGGUGAACCUUCCGCCUCAGACAAGCUACGUCACACCGUCCUCGUCCACUUCUCAGCCCACUUACACCUCCGCCAUACACAGGAAUCAGCACGUGCACCUUCCACCAGCAGCUACAACAUCCACGGCGUCCACGUCGCACCCUGGAUCCUCCAGACAGCCUUCGCCACCUCUAACAGGCACCAUGGCCAGUACAGGAUCCUCUACGUACGUGGAACCAGUGAAUUAUCAAAGUCUCGAUGGCACUUUUAAUUCUCAGCCGUCUUCUCUCCUGCAACUGUGGAGCGAAGGUCUUCAACCUACGCCUGGACAGCCCAAUGAAUGCUCAGUGUGCUAUGAAAGAAGCAUCAAUAGCGUACUGUACAUGUGCGGCCACAUGUGCAUGUGCUAUUCCUGCGCCAUCCAACAAUGGCGUGGCAAAGGUGGUGGACAUUGCCCACUUUGUCGGGCGACCAUCAGAGACGUGAUCCGCAUCUACAGAUCCUGAACAACGGCGCAGUUACACCGCGGAAGAAACGGAUCCAGGGGCUGAUGCCGGACCAUUUCGGGUUAACUCGUCUCCUCGGAACAAGCAAACGCCGUUUUCGUCGUACAGACUCUUGGUGUUCUCGUGUGUGGAGAAAUUAUGCUCAGGAUAAAUGAAAUCUUCGAUAACGGGCUCAUAGAAGAGUCCAACUGUUCUUCUGCUGAUUCUUCUGCAGAUUUGGUCCUAUGGUAAUGAGUAGUUUGAUUGUUAUGAGAUUCUCAGGAUCUUAGAACUGUAGAACACACUGAAAUGGAUGCAAAACUAAUGUCACAGAUGGAAAGGAAAAUUACGUUUGUUCGUCGCCACAUUGAUGUAAUGGCGAGAUGAGAACAUAUGAAGUAUCAUCGUUGGACUCUAAAGGCAGGAGCUCCUAGUUCAUCGACGGUUUUGCUAUCCUCAACGUCAGUGAGAUUCACACAGUGUCGCUGAACUAUGUAUCGGUUUCGAACGAGUGGCGUAAAGAUUUUGAAUACGUGUGUACGCCUUUAAGCUUGACAGAGAACAAAGGGGAUGAGUGAUCGUAUGAAAGACAGAAAAACGAAUGAGUGAAGAAACUAAGAAAGAAAGAAAGAGAGUAACAUUGAUCUUACAAUGCGUUAGCGUUACCGUUUUCUACCGAGUUCGCGCCCCCUAAAUGCUACACUGAGGAAGAACAUAGACUCAUUCCUGGCAGUUGCAAUUUGCAGAUCG